AUGAACAAGGCUCUUAUGUCUAAUCACAUUUGGAGCAUUGUUUCGAAACGGGAGUCUCUAUGGGUUGAAUGGGUGUAUAGCUACCGUCUUAAAGGCAAGAGUUUCUGGAUGUGUAAAACCCCUUCAAAUUGCUGUUGGUCUUGGAGAAAAUUGGCUCAGCUGAGGCCGCUCAUCAGAAAUCAUAUAUGGUCGGAGGUGGGAAAUGGUAUUAAAACUUCUGCUUGGUUCGACUAUUGGUGUGAUAUAGGUCUGCUCGGUAACUUUAUUUCGCCGAGAAACAUUUCGGAUGCUGAUUUCAUGAUGGACGAUAAUGUGGCUAACAUUUAUUCGAAUGGUUCUUGGUCUUGGCCUAUGGCAUGGAGAGAUUUAUUUCCGGUUCUUAUCCAAUUGGAUCAGCUUCAUUUGGAUCCGUCAAAACCUGAUAGAUUGCUAUGGAGGGAUGGCACUGAUAAAUCUGAGUUUUCUUCUUCGGGUGUUUGGCAUUCAAUUCGGCACAAAGAUCCAGAAGUUAAUUGGUGCAACAUUGUUUGGUUCUCGCAAUGUAUUCCCAGGCAUGCGUUUAUGAUGUGGUUGGUAAUGAAAGGUAAACUCUUGACACAAGAUAAAAUCUUAAAUUGGGAGUUGUCGCGGAGGAAGAAUAUGAAUAUGAUGUGCUGCCUGUUAUGCUACAAAAAUUUUGACUCUCAUGCACAUUUAUUCUUUGAAUGUGAGUUCUCGUCUCAAGUGUGGCUGCUUAUUCGAAACAAGGCGGGUAUGAAUACGGUCAGACCGAUAUGGGCUGAUAUUGUUGAUUGGUUGCUGGCUCGAGCUCGGUCUAAAGCGGCUGGGUUUUUUGUUGCGAAAAUUAUGGUGGCUGCUGCCUUAUAUUUCGUUUGGCAAGAAAGAAAUGCUAGACUUUUCAAAAAUCAGUUGAGGCCUCCGGAGAAAAUCGGUGAAAUUAUAUUAUCAACGGUUAGAUACAAGCUGAUGGGAGCCAAGCUCAAGACUACUGCCAGAGUGCGAAUAUUGUUGGAGGAUUGGGAAAUUCAUAAGGGAAACGUGGACGAUGAUGGUGGCUGA